GCGCCCGGGCGGUGGUGCUCCGGCCGCGCGGGCGGCCCACGGAGGGCGCGGGCGGCGCGCAGGAGCACCAGUUCUGGUCGAACAGCAGGGAGGAGAGCUGGUGGGACACGGACUGGCGCGCCUCCCCGGACUCCGGCGGCCGCGGCGAGGCCGUGGGCCAGCCGGAGAUCUGGCGCAACCCCCUGGGUGGCGCGCAGCAGCGGCGCGUGGAGCUCCGCGCCGAGGGGAGGAGGGCCGAGGCCGCCGAGAGGUCGGGAGGCUACGGCAACGCGAGCCAAUCGAGGCCACCGCCCGAGCCCCGCCCAGGGGCAACGUUCACGUUCUUCUCUCGCCCUUCGAACGGGCGGCGCGUCACGUGGCAGGGCCAUGGGCCACAGGGCGGCGAGUUCCAACUGCGGCCCAUGUGCGAGCUGGACCCAAGUAG